CCCGGUCUAUCUACCAUCUACGGGACAUACGGGUAUUAGGACACACCCUGUAUAACUUUUAAGCUUUGCCUAAACGAUAACUUUAGUUUUCAAUAAAGUUAAACACAUUAGUUAAACACAUAUGUAUAUACUCUAUGCAGAAAGGGUAGCUAUGGUUUUAAUCGUUGAAUACUUCAUAGAGGAGAGAUACUGCUUUUGAAAUUCACAUCUAUUUAAUCCAAAUUGAUAUCUAUCCGCUUAUCUGUCUGUUCUUCAAUUGAACAAAUCAAUAGAAUCAAUAUCAAUGGAAUUCAAUAGACUCGACGUUACGAUACAUCGGCGGUAUAUGUGUGUGUAAACUGUAUAUAUAUUCUAAAGUGGCCAAAUUUUGAAACUGUUGUUAUAUUAUGACGAGGCAAAAGGUCCUCUUAAUACUGCACUGUAUCGUGCAUGCGUUACAUUUUCAUAUAUCUAUUUUUUGUAUGAACAUAAAAGACUGGCGAGAAGUCACACGCAAGAUUUAUCGAAUAAAUUAGAUCAGCUCGAUACGCUGCAUUAUCAAAACUUAUGCUGUAUGUACUUUUUCAUCAGCUAUUACAUACUAGAGAUAAAUAAUGUUUCUGACAAUGAAAUGUCUCUUAAUCUAAUCUAAUCUAAUCUAAUCGACGAUUGCGAUUGGUUUGUUUUCUAGAUCGUCACGUCGUUCGGGAGUCAUGGCCUUCUGUUUUGUGAAAACGGAACAACAAAUUUUGUAGCUUGAACUGAACGCCGUGCUGCUUCGUUUCGCGCGAGGAUUACUGAUCUCGGGAAUUUCUUGGAGGAGAAAAGGAGGAAGAGGAAGCCUUUGAAGAAGAGACACGUAGAAACCCGAAGAAAUAAAAGGCGGAGAUAAACGAUGGACCAUGAGGAAACGCGGUGCCGGCUGGUACUAGACGAGCGGUCGGCCACGCUUGCACCCUAUCGUCGGUCGUCGUUGUCGACGGGUUCCCGGUACGUCCAAUCCCGAAGCAAGCGGCAGGUGUCGCGUGUGACAGCAGACACGAGCUCGAUAGGUGCGAUAAUCGGGGGUGGCCCGGUCGUUGCCGCCGCCGGGCCGGCGAUGCGACGAUGAGCUCGCCGAGGGUGCUGCUACCCCUCCACACCCGACCAAAGCCCCGCGUAAUAGCAAGGCCGGGUAGUCUCGAAAACUACAUCAACGAGGCCGAGCGACGAGGAGCGGCAGGCGGUUCAAGGCCGAAACUAUCCGCGUGGCCAUGGACCACGAGACGAAGAACGGAACCGGCAGCAACGACAACGAGGAGUGCACUAAUAUUUACUUCAUCGUCGGCGACCGCAGGGAGACGGCCACUUACAAGGCGAAUCAGGUCACGGACAUGGAACUCAAGGAUCGUUGGCGCUCACCCCGCUUCUUCGGGGGUGAUCGAGGCGGAGGUGCUUUGGGCUUUAGAGAGGCGCGUGGCGGCUUUAGAGCGGCAGCUGCGAGAGCAUCAGGAAGCUUUAUACGCCACACCCUCCCUCGCCCUACGAGAGCUCAAACGCCAAGUGGACAGUUUCAAGAACAAAUUGGAGAACAACGAUCAGCUGAGCUGGCUUAGUUUCUACAAGCUUGCGGAGCCCAUCUAUACGGAUUCCUGCCGCAGAUUGCAGUAUCGUCGGAAGAGCGAUAGCAUGAAGCGGAAAGUUCGGGAGAAGUUCCUCAAUAUCUGCGACGUGACGGUCUCGUCGAAUGUCCGCGAGUGGUUACGCUCGCCGGCCUUCGACGCGCGACAGUGGGAGGACGAGGAGCUGCUGCUGAUGCUGCAGACGAUGUUCGUCGAGCUCGAUCUACCUCAAAAAUUCAACAUUCCCUUGCCGAUUCUGAGGAACUUCCUCUACGAGGUUUACAAUAACUACAACGAGGUGCCGUUUCACAAUUUCAGGCACUGCUUCUGCGUGGCGCAAAUGAUGUACGCGAUAGCCUGGGCGGUGGACCUUCCGUCGAAGAUCGGCGACCUCGAGGUCCUCAUACUGAUUGUCUCCUGUAUCUGCCACGAUCUCGACCAUCCGGGCUACAACAAUAUUUAUCAGAUAAACGCGAGGACCGAGCUGGCGCUGCGCUACAACGAUAUCUCGCCCCUCGAGAAUCAUCAUUGCUCCGUGGCAUUUCGGGUUCUGGAGGCGCCCGAGUGCAACAUUCUCGCGUCCUUGGACAAUUCUACGUACAGAAUAGUGCGCGAGGGCAUCAUAAGGUGCAUCCUGGCGACCGACAUGGCCCGGCACAACGAGAUCCUCGGCCAAUUUACCGACGUCACUCCCGAAUUCGAUUACACUAGCAAGGCGCACAUAAAUCUGCUGUCCAUGAUCCUGAUCAAAGUGGCUGACAUAAGCAACGAGGCACGACCGAUGGAAGUCGCGGAACCGUGGCUGGACAGAUUGCUUCAGGAGUUCUUCAAGCAGAGCGACGCGGAGAAACUCGAGGGUCUUCCGGUCACGCCCUUCAUGGAUCGCGAUAAAGUGACCAAGCCGUCCUCCCAAGUUAGCUUCAUCGGCCUAGUUCUCCUCCCUCUCUUCGAAGCCCUCGGCGAACAUCUACCCGAGCUGCAGGAUCUCAUAGUUCAACCGGUCAGGGAAGCUCUGGAAUACUAUCGCAGACUGAACGAGGCGGCCAAAGACGAGCGCCAUCAUCGGAAAAGCGUCGUGGACGUCGGGGAGUCGGCCCUGUCCAACGCGCCAAUCGGCACCGGCAGUUCGUCUGCCAUUAUCAAGUCCACGUCAUCGCAUAGCAUGCGCUCAAAAAGGUCCGCUACGACAAUUCAUUCGCGUUCGCGUUCCACCGACGACGAUAUUACAGAAAACUUGACGUUGGAAGAAGCGGAGAACAUUGAGAGCUCUGAUCCGGAGACCGCCACGGAGGUGGAGGUCAGCGAAAAGACGCUCAAGUUCAAGAUCGCCACGGAGGGCACGCUGGCCGGCCCUACCUCUGGUCGGAAGAGCUAUCCCGGUAGUCGGAAGGGCAGCCGGGAAAAGUCCUCGUUGGAUUAUCACAAUCACGACCUGGCCAAAGCUGUCCGGGAUCACGAGCGCGAAAGGAGACGCAGCAAGGGUGAGAAUCUCGGCAGUAAUCUGAGCUCGCCGGUGAGCGCGAGGUCUGCCGAGGGUACGCGAAUUCUCGAGGAGAUGGAAAGGGAGACAAUUUUUUUAGACGCCAAAAUUGAGAGCAAAACGCCCGAGGGAAACGGUAAUGUCGUCGCGGCGGAGGCGGCCCGCUCGCAGCCGAAAAACAACGUGAGGAAAACCAGCAGUAUCAUAGAGAACGAUCAGGAGAUCAGACCUAGCCGCAAAGAUGCGCACAGUAGUCGGGAAUCAAUCGGUCUGCGAUGUUGCUGCGACGACAAAACUGGGCCGAAUAACAAGUCUCUAUUCUCGCGGUUGAGAAACUUGACGGAUCGCCUGAGCAUGAGCUUCGACUCCAAGGACUCGCCCAGUCCGAAACCGAAACACGCGUCGAAGAUGCUCAACAAGAGCAACUCGAUUAGCAGCGGUUCGGCGACGACCACCACGUCGAGGCACAAUAACUCCUUCAUUUGCAAGCGCUGCAACCUGAUCAAGUCCUCGGUAAAGGACGGCAAAGCGGCCAUCGCAACCGUGGUGGAGUUGUCGCCGGUGGACAAACGGGCGAUGACUCUGCCGAAGGUUCGAAAGUCUACGGAUAGUAAGAAUAGGAGCUGGCGAACUGUAUUUGCCAAGGAGAAGAGAUCGUCUACUUCUUUGGAGGCACUGCCGGCAGCCGGCUCUCGUUCAUUUUCCAAGCACCGUAGAAACCUGUCGAAUCCCGAGGGCAAGUCGCAGAGUCUGAAGGAAGCAAAGACUCGGCAAGCCCUGGACAUCGAGUUCCAUGAGAUCGAUGUUCGUUCGAAAAAUCAACAACAGCCUGAAAUUAUUGUCAAUCCCGACGACACCUGUUGCGAUAUCGAGGAAGAUCUCGGAAAGGUGGAAAUCAGAAGAAGUUCGGCCAGCAUGGAAGAUAUCUCUAAAAUGGCAAAGCAGGCAGCGGAGGCUACCGUACUGGGCAUACUGGAUCCCAAGAAGGCGGAGGAGCGUCCUCACGGUAGUUUGGACUCGAUGCUCUGUAAAGAGAUAUCCAAGUCACGGAAGAAGCAUUCCAAUGUAUUCUGCUCGCCCGCGACGACGAAGAAGUCGUCGCCUGGACUGUUCUCGCGAUUUAAAUCCGGCAUGAGCAUCGACAGCACCCGGAGCAACAGCAACAGCGACUCCUUGCACGAUCACGGCUCGCAAAGCGGCUGGAUAUCCUCAUUGACGGCUAGCUUGCGGCCGAAGAGACAUCCGAACGAAACACCGCUGUCGCCACAUCCACCGAGGUCGCCCAGCAGGGAGGAGAUCAAGUGAUACGUCCUGGUGGUCGAGGAUUCCUCUGAUAAGAAGCUCAGCCUCCGCGGCUGGUGGCCUGAGAACUUGUUCUGCUGCAACAGCUAAGACUCGAGCGAGAAAGUUCAGUGUCUAGAGAGGCUAAUUUAGACCCAGAAAUAUCCGGGAAAAUCGCCAUUGUAUUAGUAACGCGUGAAAAAGGAAAUUAGUAAAAUGGUUUUUAAAAGAUUUUUAAGAAAUUUAAAUUUUCUAAUGCAGGCAUUAAUCCCGCGUGAUUUUCAUCGCGAUUUUAAUUGUCGCUAAUAGAUUAAUAAUUGCGGUGGUUAAAUCAUUAAUCGAACGCGUCGACGGUAUUCGAUGAAUCUAUUUUGCGAAUUGUAUUAUAAAUUCUCGCGAGUAAAUUCGCAGCGGUCAAUGUCGCAGCGCACUACGCAUCUGUAAUAUAUAAAUUAAAUAUUUCUCCGUGGUGUACUGUCAAAAAACGGUCAAUUUGAACGAACAUAUUUGCUCGAGCACGCCAUUUGUCAAGGAAACGUUAGAUAUACGUAAUUGUAUGAUUACCGAUUAAAUUAAAUUCUUGCGGAGGAAUCCUGAGACCGACCACGAUUUUGUGUCAUCGACUUUGAGUGUUUUACGUCACGACGAUCGAAGUCGUAAGAGGUGAGAUACGUUUAUUUGUGAGAGGCAUCUACGGCCUGCGGGAUAUGAGGAUGUACGCUGUAUACAUAAACUAUUUUAUUUAUUGUCCAAUUAAAGAAUAGCCUAAUGAGUAAUCAUUAAUGUUGUUCGUUACUAUAUAUAUAUACACAUACAUACACAUACAUACGUAUAUGUAUAUGUAUGUAUAUAUAUGAAAAGUGCAGAUGUAUACAAGACGUAAGGAUAUACACAUAUCCAUCGUGCAUAAAAAAAAAAAUAUAUACACCUAAAUCUAUAAUAUACACGAGCAAGUGGAUAAUUAUAAAUAGACAAAAAGGAAAGAGGAGGAGAAGACAAACAAGUAGAUAUGUAUAAGUGUGGCUCUGUCAUAUAUGUACGAUUAAAUUUCAAGAACUGUGUAACCAAGGAUGUAAGGUAAGAGAAUACUCUUUGUCAGACUAUUUUUAGAAUAUUCUGAGAAUGAUCGUGUAUUUUCAGACAAUAUUCUCAAAGUUUUCUGGAGUUAUUACCGUUUCCUCCCAAAGUACACGAUUAUUUUGAGAUUAUUCUGAGAGAGAGAGACAUGUAUAUUCUCGAAUCCUAGAAUAUUCUCCGAUUAUUUUCACUCGCGCAAAGACUAUCUUCAUUCUCAUAAAAUCAGCAGUUGCCACGACGAAAAGAGAAAAUGGGAUUGUAUCGGAAUAAUUACUGUACCGUUUGUCGAGAACGAUUCACGCGGUAGAAAAUCUCGUCGAUCUAUUUGAUCGUUCGAAGAAUGCUGGGAGAGACCUACCUUUUAUCCAGCUGCGUACUAAAGUGUAAUCCAACUUGGAAAAUGAUUUGUUAAACUUUUAACUGGCGUAUUAAUUAUGGAGGAGAGAUUUCGAGGAGAAAUUUGUCUAAAAUUUCUCGAAAGAGAUUGACGGAACUUUUGCGAAACGUUCUCAGCAUUUCUUUGAACGUGGCAAGAAAGAGUACAAUUUCGAAAAAGGGAAGCGUGCCAUCUAAUGGCUCUCUUCUCGACGAACUGUCAGCUCCUGCGAUUAUUCCGUUCAAAAAAUUCAGGCGUAAAUUGGAUUAUUAAUAUACGAAAUGAUGCAUGCGGUUACUUUUGUAUGGCGUCCUGCUUUUCAUGUUUAGCUGUUUAUACUUUUAUACUUUAUCAAUUGCGUUUGUACGGCGAUUAAAUACCGUAUGUAUUGUUGAAUUCUAGUCUUACGUUAUCGUCUUUAAAGCAAAAGUUAGUUUUGGGCGCGUUUUUCCUGCGACGGUCUUCGUGAGAAGAAACUCGACGUGUGCGUGAAUGAACAAACGAGUGAACGAUUCUACCAAUUAUUUGACCGAGUAUCUCUCUCUCUCUCUCUCUCUCUCUCUC